AUGGAGCGUCAGCUCCACGCUGGCAUGACGGAACGCGUCAUGGACAAUGGAUUCGUCCCAGAGACAUUCCCAGUGACCAACGGAGUGAAGCAGGGCUGCCUCCUCGCGCCUACCCUCUUCAGUCUCAUAUUCUCCGCCAUGCUGAUGGACGCCUACCGUGACGAACGUCCUGGGAUCCGCAUCGCCUACAGGACGGACGGCCAACGCCUUAACCGUCGGCUAAUGUACUUCCAGUCACGUGUAUCAGCUACUUCCGUCCACGAACUUCUGUGCGCCAACGACUGCGCCCCCAACGCCACCUCUGAAGGGGACAUGCAAAGUAGCAUGGAUCUCUUCGUCGCCGCCUGUGACAACUUCCGCCUGGUCAUCACCACGGGAAAGAACGGUGGUUAUGCAUCAACCACCACCUGCGCCCAACUGCAAGUCAUGGACAACUUCACCUACCUGGGCGGCACCCUCUUCCGCACCACCAAGAUCGACGAGGAAGUGGCCCGCUGGAUCUCCAAAGCCAAGCAAGCCUUCGUCCAUCUUCAAAAUACCGUCUUGAACUUUCACGGUCUCCAUCUCAGUACCAUACUCGAGAUGUACAAAGCUGUCAUCCUGCUGACGCUGCUGUAUGGAGCGGAGACCCCGACUGUGUAAAAGAAGCAGGCGCGAAGACUCAAUCACGUUCACGUCAGCUGUCUUCAAUGGAUACUGAAGCUGAGGUGGCAGGACCGGAUCCCCAACACGGACGUACUGGAACGGACGGGAAUCCUCAGCAUCUACGUCAUACUGAGACAGCAACAACUGCGCUGAAGCGACCACAUCGUGCGCGUGGACGACGAGCGGCAACCCAAACUGUUCUUCUAUGGAGAUGUUGAAACGGGUUCCCGCUGGCAGGGAGGUCAAGUCCAUCGCUCCAAAGACACUCUGAAGACUUCCCUGAAGCGUCUGCAGAUCAGCCCGGCCAACUGGGAAGACCUCGCCCGAGACCGACCGCUCGACCUGGAGGAGGACAGUGAAGACAGGUGCAGCGAUCUACGAAGCCAACUGCAUCAUUGCCUCCAAAGUCAAACGCGAGACUCGCAAAUCUCAACUGCGCCCACCCCGCAAGGUAGGUCAACGCUCAACCGCCCCCGACCUGCCCACGCUGACAGCGGACGUUCCAGACACCAACCGGCCUUAUAGGACACUUCCGCACCAUCUGAAGCAACCGGACUUCACCAGUCGCUGUCUCCCCGUCCAACUCCGCCUCAUCCCCACGCCGACAACACCGGCCGCACUAACGAACUCCCUGCCCCCUUCUUCUUCUUCUUCUUCUUCUUCUUCUUCUUCUUCUUCUUCUUCUUCUUCUUCUUCUUCUUCCUCCUCCUCCACCUCCAUUGCCUCACAAUCCUGACGCAUCCACAAAUAUCAACCUCCCCCCCCACCGUCAACGGCAGCGAUAUGGACUCUAUCCAUAUCUGUCCUCAUUGCGAUCGCACCCUCAUCUGGUCGGUCACUUGCGAAUCCACCGCACAGGGACUGGGGAACCAUUGCCUGAAGCACCCACAUACACCCGCUGCAUCCUCCUCAACUGCCCUCUCUGCACCCGCACAUUAA